UUACCCUGUGAAACUUGAGUGAGCGGUUAUGAGCCUUUUCGGCAGUGCGACGUGACAUACUACCGAGUUCAGACUAUAAAAACAGCUGAAAAACACUCAUCGCAAAAUUGGGUACCAAUUCAACCAUGCCAAAACGCCGCCAGAACACAAUCAAAAAUGCAUCAGCAGAGGGCGAUGCCAUGUUACUCCAGAAAAACAAGAAAGUUAAGAAUGGUGGAAAUGAUGAACUGCCUGCUGAUAGAUCUGAAAGUAAUGAUAAACCUGAAAGCUCAGAGGAUAAUGGAACUACAGAAAUUCCUCCCAAAAAUGGGAGACCGAGAAGUAGUAGGAUAAAAUGUGGCACAAGCAAAAUUUCAGCUGUAAAACCUGCAGAAACAACUGCUCGGCGCAGUCAAAGAUGCAAGCCGACUGUUUCUUAUGUUGCCACUGCUGAUGAGAAAGAUGACAUGGAGUCUGAUGAAGAGGAUCAAAAACCUGCAAAAACAAAGGCACUUAAAGUUACAAAAACUGAGGUGGAUGACACGGAUGAUGAAAUCAAUUCUAAGAAAUCUAAAGCAGCAAAAAGUGCUCCUAAAAAAAAGAGUGGUGGCAGCAAGGAAAAGGCUCCUGUGAAAUCAGCAGUUGAACGGAAAUUGAUGAAGAAAGGCCGAGCAGCUGUUGAUGCUUCAUGUCCUGUGGCAGCUACAUCCCAUGUUCUUGACGAGGGGAACACCAUCUGGGAUUGCAUGCUCAACCAGACAAACAUCCAGUUCAACAACAACAAGUACUACAUUAUCCAGUUGCUGGAAGAUGACAAAGGAGGCGUGUACUCAGUAUGGAUGCGCUGGGGUAGAGUUGGUGCUCAUGGUCAAAACUCUCUGAAGCCUUGUGGCGGUGACAUCGAGAUGGCCAAGAAAAUCUUCUGUGACAAGUUUCGUGACAAAACGCGCAAUGAUUGGCAUGCACGCAGCGAAUUUGAAAAAGUCCCUGGCAAGUACGACCUUUUACACAUGGAUUACUCUGAUGAGGGGUCAAAAGAACCAGAAGUUAAAGACGAAGCUGAUGGUUUGAAACAAGAGCGCAAACCCAUCAAAAGUGAGCUUGAUGACGCAGUGCGGCAGCUUGUAGAACUGGUGUGCGAUAUUAAAAUAAUGGAGGAGGCGGUGAUGGAGAUGAAGUAUGAUGCUGUCAAGGCUCCUCUGGGAAAACUUACCAAAGAGCAAAUCAAAUCUGGAUACCUAGCACUAGUUGAGAUCAGCAACAUAGUUAAUGUUGCCUCUGGUAAAAUCGACAACAAGGCUCUGCUCGCUGCAUGUAAUGCAUUCUACACCAGGAUUCCUCACUACUUUGGCAUGAAAGUGCCUCCCUUGAUCCGCACUCCCUCUGAGGUACGUCAAAAGCUGCAGCUACUCGAGGCGCUCGGUGACAUUGAAGCUGCUAUGACAUUCCUCAAGGACGCAGCUCUGGAUGAUGGCUUACACCCUGCCGAUAGUAAAUAUAAGGCAAUGCAUUGCGACAUUAAGCCUAUUGCCUCUACAGAUGAGGAGUAUCAGCUGAUCAGCAAGUACGUUUCACUUAACCACGGCAAGACGCACUCUUCGUAUAAGCUUCAAGUUGAACAAAUCUUUGUUUGCGAGAAGAGCGCCGAGCAAGACCGCUUCAUGAAAAGCAUUGGCAACCGCAAGCUGCUGUGGCACGGCUCGCGCCUCUCUAACUGGGCGGGCAUCCUAAGCCAGGGGCUCAGAAUAGCUCCUCCCGAAGCCCCUGUCACCGGUUACAUGUUUGGCAAGGGCAUCUACUUUGCUGACAUGUGCAGCAAGAGUGCCAACUACUGCAUGGCUUCUUGCGCCAACACCACAGGGCUACUGACGCUCUGUGAGGUAGCACUUGGCACGUCCAAGGAGCUUCUGCAAGCGGAUUAUCAAGCCGACAAACUGCCGUCCGGCUACCAAUCCGUCAAGGGCGUCGGGACCAUGGCUCCUGUGGAGAGCAAUCAAGUCGUUAUGAAAGACGGUGUGGUUGUACCGCUUGGGCCUGCUUCUUCAGCAACCAAGAAAGGCCUGAGCCUCCUCUACAACGAGUACAUCGUCUAUAAUCCAGCGCAAGUUAGACUGCGAUAUCUCGUCAAAGUCAAGUUCGACUUUUCACGAUAGGCUAGUACAAAUGAGAACGAAUUCAUUUCAAAAACGCAGUAUGUUACUUGUUUCAGCGAGAACACGUUUAGAAGUUGGGAUGAACAACCAGCUAUCAAUUUUUGGAAUCUCUCAUUUGAUCUGCAGUUAGACAGAAAACUCAGCUCUACCGCCUAAGUGAUUUACUAAAAUCAUUAAUUAUAUCAGUUCGUACAUACGACAGGCUCUACUGAAUUCCGAGACCAGCUCGUUUAUAUUACGCACAAGUCUUACCUUUAGAUUCACGGUUUUCAGAUGUUGCUAACGAUUAUUACUAGCAAGCGUGAAAUCUUUUUGUUACAGCUAGGGAGUAUUUACUUCAUUUACAUAUCGUUUUUUUAUGUAGUAAAAUUGUAAGUAAGUGCUCGAGAAAUUCACAGCCCAUUAUUUUGAGACAUUCCAGACUCAGUGUGUGGCACUUUUUCUCUGUGACUCGCGAUUUCAUUACUUACACUCGUAAUAAAGGAUCUCGUA